CCGGUCCCACUCCUCCACCACCACCUCCUCCUCCUCAGAGAGAAAGAACCAGAGAGAGCGAGCAUGCUGACUUCAGACUGACAUUUGACUCCUCAAUCCACAGGCAACAGUGGUGACUGUGCAGGCGGGACUCUCUCCUUCUUUCUGCGGUCGUUCUGAGAGUUCACUCCUCUGUGCAACAGCGUGUUUCUUCCCUCUCCGUUUCUUCACUUGCAGAGCUGACGGGGUACUCCGACAGUCCUGGGAGUGGUCUUUUUCAAACAAGUCUUGGAAUGCGCUUAUAGAGGGGGAAAAGCCUGACAACUCGGACUCUGUUUUUAGUCUUUUUUCCUCUUUCUGGAGAUUGCUGUUGAAGUCCCACUCCAGGCACUGGAAACUGGAUCUACUUGUGUAACAUUCCUAAACUACAGUGAAUUCUUUUUUUCCCCACUUUCUGCUCUACGGACUAGUUUUGUUCUUUGCUGUUCUUUACUGACAAAGUCUUUUAAAACACAAAUCUCCUGCUCUCCACUUUAAGGAACGACUGGUGGAGUUACAUAAAUUGCGCGAGUGUAGGUGUUCGGGACUCAUCCCUUCCUCCUUUGGGGGGUUGGGGGUGGGGGUACCUUACUGUGGCCCUAGGUGACCUGUUGGAGCUGUGUUUCUAUCUUAAGCUGGUUUUAGAAGACGGAAAACGAGCGUGAAACGGGAAAGGAGGGACCCACUUGUACGGGCCCUUUUGUUUUUAUGGAAAGAGCAUGAUGAAGAGUCAAUCUGCUCCCCAUGUCGGCUACUAUUAGACUACAGCCUGUGUACUCAUGGAAGGGGGUGCUCAAGCUCUUCUCUUGCAUAGCGGCCAGAACUGCUAGUAAACCUAAAGAGGUCCACACAUUUCAAGGAAAGAAGAAAGACGUACUUGGGAAUCAUAUGGACGAAGAAAUGAGUCGCCAGACUGCCACAGCGCUGCCCACAGGAACCUCUAAGUGUCCCCCUUCUCAGCGCGUCCCCACCUUGUCGGGCACCACCGCAUCCAACAGUGACCUCGCCAGCCUGUUCGAGUGCCCAGUCUGUUUUGACUAUGUGCUGCCGCCCAUCCUGCAGUGCCAGAGUGGCCAUUUGGUUUGUAGCAACUGCCGGCCCAAACUCACCUGCUGCCCCACCUGCAGAGGCCCGCUCGGCUCGAUCCGCAAUUUGGCCAUGGAGAAAGUGGCCAACUCAGUGCUUUUCCCCUGCAAGUAUGCCUCAUCGGGCUGCGAAGUCACCCUACCACACACAGACAAGGCUGAACAUGAGGAGCUAUGUGAAUUCCGGCCAUACUCUUGCCCUUGUCCCGGCGCCUCCUGCAAGUGGCAGGGAUCUCUCGACGCCGUCAUGCCCCACUUGCUGCACCAGCACAAGUCCAUAACCACGCUACAGGGUGAGGAUAUUGUCUUCCUGGCCACAGACAUCAACUUGCCUGGGGCGGUGGACUGGGUCAUGAUGCAGUCGUGCUUCGGCUUCCAUUUUAUGCUCGUGCUGGAGAAGCAGGAGAAAUACGACGGCCACCAGCAGUUCUUCGCCAUCGUGCAGCUGAUCGGCACACGGAAGCAGGCGGAAAACUUCGCCUACCGGCUGGAGCUGAAUGGCCACCGGCGGCGACUCACCUGGGAGGCGACGCCACGCUCCAUCCAUGAGGGCAUCGCCACCGCCAUCAUGAACAGUGACUGCCUUGUGUUUGACACCUCCAUUGCUCAGCUGUUCGCAGAAAACGGCAACCUGGGCAUCAACGUCACCAUAUCCAUGUGCUGAGGACUAACAGCCGUGCAUACUUGAACGCAUACACACAACAUGAAACCAGACAUUUCAAUACACCGCAGGAUACCUUGAGUCGUGCUUGGGGGACGGGGGAGUAGCUAACCUAGGGAACUUUUUGCUGUUGUUCGUUCCAAGUAGUCAUCAAAAAAAAAAAAAAAAAAAAAAACUGUUGGUUGUUGGUUGGAGCUUGGCACGUCCGACCAGAACUGGGUUCUCAAUUUUAUGCUACAAUAUUAUAUAAGUUAAAUAAUUAAUGUAUUCGACAUUUUUGAGAGCAACAUUCAUUGCCCUUGAAGGUAUCGGAAAGCCACGUUUGUGAAAUGGACAUUUGCAAAUGUGGCGUUUGGGACGAGGGGUUGAGGAACGGCACGCCGAGCUGGAUGGCGGUUGGGGAUACUGAUCAAUUUUGGGGUGGGUUUGCUCAAAAAACGGCGCAACCUUAAGAGCAAAUUUUUGUUCGUUCUGUUGUUUCCCAAGACGUUUUGCAUUUCAGUUCAGAUAAAACACUAACUUUUAUGUUCAAAUAUUAGGUUUUGUUUUAUUCUAAUCUUGUCCCCCACCCCUUUUUUUCCACCCCCUUUAAUUUUUCCUACCUUGAGUAUGAUACAGAAAGGUUCUGGUAAUUGGUGCAUGACCACUGGAUAAGUUAUAACAAGUCCAGAUUUCAUUUUAGAAGUCUUGUUUGUUCCAGCCUGUCGCUGCAGUGUUUCCCCUGUUUGUUUUUGAAGGGAUGGCUAGGCACAUGCACAUGAAGCCGGGUUAUAUGAAUUAAGACACACUUUUUAUAUCAAGUAAAAGAUAGAUAAAAGUUGUACAGUAUCCUAACCUGGAAGUCCUCAAUUGCAAACACUGGAGUGAACACUGCAUUGAAUACCAGGCUAGGAACCGGGGCAAUUAAUACAGUUAUUAUAAUGAGAUUGUCAUAAUUAUCAUUUUGUAAUGACUUAUAAGAAAAUGGAAUGAAAAAGGCUGUUGUAACCUUGUGGCUAAUCUUCAGUGUUUGUAGAUAGUGUUGUUCUUCGGAAGACACCAGUGUCUUCUUUUUCUCUUUUUGUAAGUCGAUAUUUUUGUUGCUGUUGUUCUUUGUAUGUCUGUAUUUCCGUUUUUUGCAAGGAUAGGGUGAAGCAAAGCCAAACAUCUCUGUGGAUACAUUGUACUGUUGCUAGUCCUGAUCUCUAAUUUUAUUUGUUUUAUUGUUUGUUUUGUUCUAUUUUGCCAGUAAAUAAAUCUAUCUUUUUCAUA